AAUAUGGACUGUUUCUUCAUCACUAAGCUAUUACAAAACAUUUGGUUUAACAAAUUUUUAAUCUUAUUUUCUUUUCAAAUAGCCUAUAGUAUUCCUUGUCCCACAAAAAUAUUUUUUCUACUUUUUAUAAAAGUUGUUUGAGAAGAAAAAAAAAUAUUAACCCCACAUAGUGCUAUAUGACUCAAAAGUCAUUUUUACGUAUUUUAUACGGUCAUACAUGGUAUUUUCUAAAAUGACCAAACUACCCUUCUAAUGUUUCUUUAAAUUCCAGCCUCCUUCAAUUCAAUUCUUCCCUUUUCUCCUCCUCUUCUCUCUAAUUAUACAAUUACGAACCCGGUCAUCAUGUUGUCUACUGUACCGGCCUUUUCCUUUACUGAACCGGGUUUGGUUAACCAAUUAUCGGAUUUCCAGACCGGAUUCACUCCUUGGGAAUUUGACUGCUCUGCUCUCUUCUUCUCUUCUAUCCAUCACGAACCGGCCGUACCGAGUCCUUGCUCUGGUGAAUCCGAAACCGGUUCUGUCAAAAUUGACACUGGUUUUGACGAAUCUUGUAUCGGUUCCAUCCGAAUGAACUCCGGUUCCGAUGGUUCCGACAUUUUCCACGGCGUACUGAGUCCUAAAUCCGAUGAAUUGGACUCGGAAAACAUGAAAAACCGGAUUAACGCCACGGACCAUAACCGGGCGGAAUUGAACCGACCGGUUUUACAGGUAACUGACGAACGUAAACGGAAGCGUAUGGAAUCGAACCGAGAAUCAGCGAAGCGGUCGAGGAUGCGUAAACAGAGACACAUUGAGAAUUUAAAAGACGAAGCAAACCGGCUCGGUUUAGAAAACCGGGACCUCGGUAACCGGCUCCGGAUCGUUUUGUACAACCUCGGACUGAUAAGUACGGACAACGACCGUCUUAUGUCGGAACAAGAGAUUCUAACUCGAAGAUUCUUGGAGAUGAGGCAGAUUUUGAUUCUCAAACAGCUUCAGCAGAAUCCUUCAUUGAUCAUCAAAUGAUUUGAAAAAAGUUGGAAAAAAAAAAGUUUUAGAAAGAAAAAAAAAAUCAGAUCAAAGCGAAGUAUUUUUUAUUUGCGUCUCUCUUUUGAUCUCUCUCUCUCUUAUGUGUGUAAGUAAAUGAGAAUGAGUGCUACUCAGAAGUUGUUUGGGCCUAUUUUAUCAUAUUUAUAAAGGCCCAUUAAUGAAUCCAAUUGAAUCUGAAAAGCCUA